UAGCGUGUUAUUGAACUGCGUUCGUCUCUCCUCAGACAAACUGCACGCUGAGAUGCUAGUAGAGGUGUCAUUAUGGCUAAAUUUCAAAACCUAUCAAACAGUGGAAUUGAAGUGCACUUCACAUUAAACCCGUUUUGGUACGGUCGGAUGCUGAGCUGCGCGGGACGAGAGAAGGCGCGUGCUGUUUCUGUUUCCUGAGUCGGUGCUGAUAAAAAUUACAGGCAGGGUUUUGUGUUCCAGCGUUCUUCACCAUGGCUCGUGAUUAUAAAGCCGGAGACCUGAUCUUCGCUAAGAUGAAGGGCUAUCCUCACUGGCCUGCUCGGAUUGAUGAAGUGCCGGACGGAGCGGUCAAGCCUCCCAACGCUAAAUUCCCCAUCUUCUUCUUCGGAACUCAUGAAACGGCGUUCCUGGGUCCUAAAGAUAUUUUCCCGUAUUUACCCAACAAAGAGAAAUACGGAAAACCCAACAAGAGGAAGGGCUUCAAUGAGGGAUUAUGGGAAAUCGAGAACAACCCUACAGUAGAGCUGAAUGGACAGAAGGUGAUGGCGAUGGAAGGGGUUUCAGAUAAAGAGUCAGACGGCAGCCCAGAGGAGGACGAGGAGGGAAAUGAGAAGGGUCAGGAGAAGAAGAAGAAGUCCAGUAAAGUGGCUGGAGAUGAGGAGGUGGAGGAGGAGGAAGGUGAUGGCAUGGAGGUGUCUCUAGUGGAGGAAGACUCACCGCCAAAAGACUCGGCAGAUGCAGCAAAAGCUAAAAGAGUAUGGAAGAAGAAGGCUGAAGCUGAGCAGGACUCGGAGGAAGAGGAGGGAGCUGGGAGCCACACAUCCAGCCCCAUGGCCGCAGAGACACCAACUCCAAAGCGAAGGGGCAGGAAACCCAACGCGGAAAAACUGCUUCUGAUGCAACAACAGGCUUCACACGGGGAUGUUGGUGGAGAUGUAGAGAAAAGGCGUAAGAGAGCAGCGGAGGAUAAGAGCAAAUCCUCGGAUGGAGAGGAGGAGAGAAGAGCAGAGGGGAAGAAGAAAAAAGAAAAAGAUGAGAGUAAAGCAGGGAAGAAGGAGAUAGAGGCCAAGAAGAAGCGCAGUGCCAAAGAGGAGAGCUCAUCUGAGUCUGAUGAGGACGGGAAGAGAAACCGUAAACGGACAAAGCUGACAACUGACCCAGAAAAAGAUGGACGACGGAAACCGGACGAAAUAAAUGAGCUGGGAAAAGAGGAGGGGAAGAAAGAUGAAAGGAAAGGAGAGAAAAAAAAGGAAGUGUCGACGGAGUCACGGCUGCAGAGAUUACACGGCGAGAUUAAAAUCUCACUGAAGAUCAACAACCCUGAUGUGAAGAAGUGUCUGGUUGCUCUGGAUGAACUGAGCUCACUACAGCUCACCACUCAGCACCUGCAGAAACACUGUGAGCUCAUCGCCACGCUCAAGAAGAUCCGCAGGUUCAAGGCGAGUCAGGACGUGAUGGACAAGGCCACCAUGCUGUAUAAUAAAUACAAGACUAUGUUCCUGGUGGGUGAAGGAGAGACGCUGAUCAGUCAGGUGAUCAAUAAAUCUCUGGCUGAGCAGCGGCAGUUCGAGGACGCCAAGAAGGGGGCGCUAAAGAGAGCCGAGCAGAGCAAAGACCCCAGUGCAGAUAACAGAGCUGUAAAUGGAGACUCAAGCCCUGAAGAUAAAACCACCGAGACUGAGCGGGAAAGGACGGAGGAAACUGCAGCAGCAGAGCAGAACAGUGUGGUGAAUCCAGCAGAAGAAUCAGCCUGAUGAUGACAAUAACGACGACGACAAGGAUGAUGAUGCAGCACCACUGGUGUGAGUGUGUGUGUGUGUGUGAGCGAGCGAGUGUGUGUGUGUGUGUCAUCAGCACUAAAGGAAAGUUAGUGGCCUUUACACGUUUACACUUUUGUCCUUGUUAGGACGCGAGACGCUUGUUUUAGUGAUUCCUGACACAAUUCCGGAUUUUUGCUUCCUUUCAGAUCAUGAUGUUUUAAAUCCUUGUUUUAGCUCCGCCUCCUGAUCCAAGUCAACUUUGUUUUUUUUAACUGUCUCAUAGUCAAUUUACCAUUAUUCUCACUCUGAUGACUGACUUCUUAAUGUGUGUUUUCCCAUUUCCGGAAAUUCCCUUAGCUGCUAUAGGAACGCUAAAUCCUUUCUCUCUCACACACACACAGAGAAUCCCUGUGGUUUAGUGUUCCUCGGCUUCUUCCUGUUUUAAAUUGCGAGUUUAGUAGCCGUUAUCCGUCACUAGAUCAUGUCUACUGUGUGUGUGUCCUUUCUGUAUGAAAAUAGAGGUUUAUUUUUUAUACAGAACUACUCCUUACUUCCUUCUCCUGCGUGUGUGUGUGUGUUAAAGCCUUUUGUGGCGUUACUGUAAAUAAGAGUACUGUAUUUUUGUCUGUUCUAAAACUUUAAAGCCUUGAAUAAAGUAGCGUUGCUUCAGCUUCA